AUGACCAACUCCCGUCAACAUCAAAACCCCUCCCAUUCCUCCUCCACCAUCCCCCCUUCUGCUUCUUCUUCUUCCUCCACCUCCGCCACCGGCACUGCUCGCGAUCGUCUCACCUCCCUCUCUUCACACAUCAUGGGUUCCAACGGGUCCGCCUCCGUCUUCACUCCGGCCGCUGUCGCCGCGGCCCCCGAAGACCCUCUUUUUGGCCUGAUGAAGGCCUAUCGCGAAGAUCCUUUCGAGAAGAAGGUCGACCUGGGCAUCGGUGCCUACCGGGACAACAACGCCAAGCCCUGGAUUCUCCCCGUCGUGAAGAAGGCCGACCACGCCAUUCACAAUGACCCCACAUUGAACCACGAGUAUCUGUCCAUUAGCGGUCUUGCCGAGUUCACCUCCGCCGCUCAGAAGCUUGUCGUGGGCGCGGAGAGUCCCGCGAUCCGCGAGAAACGGAUCUGUACCCUGCAGACCAUUUCAGGCACUGGCGCCGUUCACCUGGGCGGUCUUUUCCUCGCCAAAUUCCACCCUGCGCAGCCCAAGCCGACCAUCUACCUGUCCAACCCGACCUGGGCCAAUCACAACCAGAUCUUCACCAACGUUGGUCUCCCCAUUGCCACGUACCCAUACUUCUCCGCCAAGACCAAGGGCCUCGACUUUGAUGGCAUGAUCGGUGCGCUGCAGGCAGCGCCUGCCGGUUCCAUCAUCCUGCUGCAUGCCUGCGCACACAACCCCACCGGCGUGGACCCCACGCAAGAGCAGUGGAAGCAGAUCGCAGCGGUGAUGCGCGAGCGCCACCAGUUCCCCUUCUUCGACACCGCCUACCAGGGCUUCGCCUCGGGUGACUUGGUUCGCGAUGCCUGGGCGAUUCGCUACUUUGUCGAGCAGGGCUUUGAGCUCUGCGUCGCCCAGUCCUUUGCCAAGAACUUUGGUCUGUAUGGUGAGCGAACGGGUGCCUUCCACUUUGUCUCCGCCCCGGGUGCGGAUGCCUCCACGGCGAUUCAGCACAUCGCCAGUCAGCUGGCGAUCCUGCAGCGCUCGGAGAUCUCCAAUCCUCCCGCGUAUGGUGCGCGGAUCGCCAGCAAGGUUCUCAACGACCCCCAGCUCUUUGCCGAGUGGGAGGAGGAUCUGCGGACCAUGAGUGGACGGAUUCAGGAAAUGCGUCGUGGUCUGCGCGAGCAAUUGGAGAAGCGUGGCACCCCUGGCAGCUGGGAACACAUUACCUCCCAGAUUGGCAUGUUCAGCUUCACCGGCUUGAAUGAGAACCAGGUUAAGAUUCUCCGGGAUAAGUGGCACGUCUACAUGACCAAGAACGGCCGUAUUUCCAUGGCCGGCCUCAACACGAAUAACCUGGAAUACUUUGCCGAGGCAGUCGACAGUGUUGUCCGCGAAACUUCAUAA